AUGAAUCGCUAUGAGAUAUUGGACAAGGUCGGUGAUGGGGCGUUUGGUGAAGUUUCGCGUGCUCGGAGCCUUAAGACCAAGGAAAUUGUAGCUGUGAAGAAGAUCAAGGCACUAUUUCCCACAUGGGAAGAAUGUCUUCAAUUGCGUGAGCUCAAGUCGCUUCGAAUACUACGCCACGAAAACAUUGUGCUACUGAAAGAGGUUAUUCGAGACAAGGAGGAGCUCUACUUCGUGUUCGAGUACCUACAGACCUCAACCUCAGACUCUUCCACUUCUCAUCCCUGGUUUUCGGAGGUGCAAAUACGCUCGAUUAUGUUCCAGCUCUUCAGUGGCCUAGCAUACAUGCACAAGCACGGCUUCUUCCACCGUGACAUCAAGCCUGAAAACUUGCUAUGUCACGAAGAUACGCUCAAGAUUGCAGACCUGGGUCAAGCUCGCGAGAUCCGAUCACGGCCGCCUUUUACCGACUACGUUGCAACGCGAUGGUACCGGGCACCUGAGCUGUUGCUACGCUCGACGACAUACAAUAGCCCCAUCGAUAUGUGGGCCUGCGGGUGUAUCCUUGUUGAGCUGCUGAUCUGCACGCCGCUGUUUCCUGGAACGUCUGAAGCGGAUCAAUUCUAUCGAAUCUGCAAAGUUCUUGGUACUCCUACGACGGAAACAUGGCCCAAGGGUGCAGCAAUGGCUUCCCAUAUGCAAGCUCGAUUCCCUAAGUGCACUCCCGUGUCUUGGAAGCGAAUCCUGCCGUCAGGUACACCGUCUUCAGCUGUUCAGCUUGUACGAGAUCUGCUACAAUACGAUCCAAGUCGACGGAUUACAGCAGCGCAAGCCCUUCAACACCGCUUUUUCGAUCAAGCUAUGCCAAGACCAACGCUAACAAUACCUCCAUUAGUAACACCAGUGCAAGAAGUGCCCGUGUUGCCGCUUCGGAGCGAUUUCAAGUCUGGAGGAGGCUACUCGAGUUAUACAGGACGGUCAAGUGUCUGUGCGAAGAAGUCGGACGACGUGGAGCAUUGGGCAGGAGGGUUAUCGUCACGACAAGAACACCACUUGUUGACUGCCAAUAAAAGACAGCAGACUCAUUCGCGGCACCAGGACUGGGGCUCUUCUCUUGUUAGUGCUCGCCCUGGUGGAUAUGACGACGUAGCUGACAUGAAAACUGUUUCGCCUAUACAAAAUGGAGACAACAGCGAACACGAUGACGACACUAAAAGUGAUAGCACAUUACUACAAGACCUGCUUGAUGAGAUUCUAGGAUAA